AUGCCAUCUUCCACUGACACAUUGUUUGAAGAGAAUGCUCCUAUACAGCUAAAUCUGAUUCCUCGCCUGGCACGCAACAAGUCGCAGUGCAAGAUGUCAGAGGAUAUCAAGACCGCAACGCUCACGCCCAUGCUUGUAGAGCCACUGCGCUUGUCGGCGGCGUCUUUCUCACUGUCAUUUCUCAAUAGUAUUGAUCGUUUGGAGAUUAACGAGACUGUCGAGCGCAAUGGCGUGACGUACUAUAUCCUGGAUGUCUACCAGUUCCAUUACACUUCGCGACUACCUACAAACGUCAACAACCCGCGCAUGGCAGUUACGCGUUCCUCGGACGCCAGCGAGCCACGCAAGCCAGACUUUCGCGUGGAACGACGUUAUUCAGAUUUUGCCAAAUUACGACGCCAAGUUAAGGCUUGGACUUGCCCUGGUGCGCAGUUCACGUGCCAGUACUGCAACGAUUUUGGUCGCUACAUUAGGUUCAAACUGCGCCAGCCGCGGCUACUUAAGUCGUUCAGCAAGAACAUGGAGAAGCGCAAAAGCAUAUUGCAAGAGUUUAUGACUGAUUUUGUCGAUCUUGCUCAGAAUCCAUCCAAGAACUCGUUGCAUCGAUGCGAGGCGCACCAGCACGUGCCUGCUCUGCUCGAGUCCUUUCUCCGGGAUGUUAGUCUUUUAUAG